AUGAGUGAAAUUAAGAAAACGUCAGUUGUUGAGAAUAAUGAGUUUCUAAAUGAAGAUGAUAGUAGUACAUUUCUAUCACAAGCUGAACAAUCUAAACUUCUUCAUGAGCAGGCAUUAAAAAUCUUUUCACUUUGUGAUAUUACAAAUAAAGGUUUUGUUGUUCCAAGUGAUAUAAAAAAUUUAGAUGGUAUCAUUCCAAACUUAAGAAAAGCUGAUUAUUUAAGAGAACUUUUUGAAAAAGAAACAUGCAAAAUUAGUAAACAAAAAUUAACACAAAAAGAUUUUAUACCAAGGAUAAAAAAAUUAUUAUUAUCAAAAACAUAUAGUAAUAAUAUUAAUAGAAAUCACAAAAAUUUUGAUAUACGUAGAUCAUCCUCUGAAAUGGGAAGUAUUGGUGAUCGAAGACCAACAAAAAAAUUAUCAUUUUUUUCAACAACAACUAGUAUUUCGGAAUCCGAUAUGAAAGAUAUUAAAUUUUCUGAUAGUGAUGAUGAUACUAUUGAAAAAGAAGUUCAAAGAGCAGGAGAUGUUCCAAUUUAUUUAGAACAUCCAAAAUAUUUUAAAAAAUAUCCAACAUCACCAGGGGAAUCAUCAUUAUAUGAUGAGUUAGAUUCUAAAAAUAAAAAUGAUAAUGAUUAUCAAAAACAAAAUAAUUCUAUAUCACUCUCAAGAAAUAAAACAUUAAAUAUUAAAACUGCUUCACGUAAAUUGUCUUCUCAUCGUCGUAGUAAUUCAUUUUCUAAAAUAUUUGCCAAACAACGAGUAAUAAAUGAAAAAAAAAACGAUAUAUUACAUGAAGAUGAAAAUGAAUAUAAAUCAUCAACAUCUGAAAGAGUAUUUAAAGUUGUUUUUGUUGGUGACUCUGCAGUUGGUAAAACAUGUUUUUUACAACGAUAUUGUUAUAAUCAAUUUAGACAAGCAUUUAAUGCAACUAUAGGUGUUGAUUUUACAGUAAAAACUAUUAAUAUCAAUGAUAAAAAAGUAACAAUACAGUUAUGGGAUACAGCAGGCCAAGAAAGAUUUAGAAGUAUAACAAAACAAUAUUUUAGAAAAGCUAAUGCUGUUGUUUUAAUGUAUGAUAUAACAUCAGAAAAAACAUUUAUAAAUGUUAGAAAUUGGAUUGAAUCAGUUAAAAAAGGUGUUGAAGAUCGUUGUAUAAUGUGUUUAAUUGGAAAUAAACUAGAUUUAUGUAAUGACUCCUCCAAUAGGGCAGUACCAUAUGAAUUUGGAAAAAAAUUAGCUGAUGAAUUUGGUAUGUCAUUUUAUGAAAGUAGUGCAUAUACACGUUUUAAUGUAAAUGAAUGUAUUGAAGGAUUGGCAAAAUUGCUUCAACAUCAAGAAGAAAAAGAAAUGGAAGAAGCAUUAAAAUUAGAAUCAAAAGCAUUUAAAUUUCCCGGUUCAUGGUGUUGCUUAUAA